AUGCUCCAGAGAAGUUGGUACAAAUCAGGAAAGACUCUGCCAGCUGUGUCUGCUGAUUCUGUCACCAGCUGCCUCUGCACUCCUAUCACAGGCAUGGCCAUCCUUUUGCAGCGUAUGACAAUUGUCAAAGCUUCUGGUGAAAGAAAUAACAUUUCCCAAAAACAAGAUGCAACCACUUUCAUGAAUGUGAUAAAUACACGUUUCAUUGCUGCAAGAGGGGGCAGCCGAAUUACCCUUAGCUGUUAUUUUGGUACUCAGGCAAGUUGGCAUAAAGAGACUGAUCAGGGCAAACACCAGGAGAUUAUGAACAGCUCCAGAGUCCAUGUGACUAGAAAUACUUCAAUUGUAGUGAUGCGGAUCAACAAACUCCAGAACAACGACAAUGGUAUCUAUCACUUUAAGAGCAAGAACUCAUUGAAGGCGACAUGUGGUACUGAACUCAAAGUCAUGGGUAUCAGCACCUAUGAGCAAGUGCAGAGUCGGCACAACGUGAAAGAUGCUAUCAUCUUAAUCCAGACAAUUCUUCUUGUCCUUUUUGUGAGCAUACCUGUGUUGCUAACCCAAGGGAAGGUGAGUGAAUGGAAUAGUCAUAAUCGUUCAGGGCUGAUGGUUGAACUAGCUGAUACGUAUGAAGACAUUGGGGUUUACCAAGACAGACCAGAGAAGUGGGAUUUUGGAGAACAUCUGUGUGAAGAACAAAAAGGCUAG